UUUUCCCGAUUAGCGCUGUCAAUUGCAGUGUUUGUUUUCGAGGUGGUGCAGAUGGUUUCACCGAAGUGGAUUCAAUGUUAAACAGUAGUGACGGUGCUUUCGUGGUUUUAAGAGAAAGUUUGAGGACGUAAAUGUUUCCGCGGUACUUUCGUGAGCUAGACAUUGAACGGUUGGCUGAAUAAGUCUAACAAGAAUUGGGCUUUAUACAGAUUCCUAUACUCUGUUAAUUCGCAAAAGAUUUUCUGCCGCUCGCUGCCUCUACGUAUCCUUGACAUGCACGACUGCGGCAGGUCAAGAGCGGAGACCGAAAAUUUGUUUUUAUCAGUAAUUCACGAAAAACUCGAGUUUCAACAAACGGCGAAGAAUAAUGAACUUAUCCAUUCAUACAGCACAGUACCAGAGAAGUUACUGAGUAUACACCAGGAAUUAGCUAAUAGGCUAUCAGAAUUACCAUUCUCGGCACCAAUCGAAUACAUUUAUAAUCCUGUGGACUACGCUUUUGAUGUCCAUGCUGAAUUUGUAAAUAAAUUCUGCCAAUCAGAAAAGCAAAUUUUAUUUCUUGGUAUGAAUCCUGGACCAUGGGGUAUGUCGCAAACUGGGGUACCAUUUGGUGAAGUGACGAUAGUGAGAGACUGGUUAGGUAUUAGUGGGGAAGUUAGAUGCCCGUCUAAACAAUGCCCUAAAAGACCUGUGCUGGGUUUCAGCUGUAAGAGAAGAGAACUUAGUGGUUGGAAGUUCUGGAACUUCUUCAAAAGCAUAUGUUUGAAUCCACACAGGUUCUUCAGACAUGCUUUUGUUUGUAAUUACUGUCCAUUGGCAUUUAUGACAGCAACAGGAAAGAAUGUAACGCCAGCAGAAAUGAAGAGUAGUGAUCGCAAGAUGAUAGCUUCCCUUUGUGAGAGAGCAUUCUGCAAAGUACUGGAUCUGUUACAUGUGGAUACAAUAAUUGCUGUUGGGAAGUAUGCUGAGAAGAGUGCUGCUUCUGUGACAAAAGCAAAUGGAUUGAACCACAUAAAGAUUGUUACUAUUCUACAUCCCAGCCCACGGAAUUCCAAUUCAAAAAACUGGGAAGAAGAAACUAAAGCACUAUUACAGAAAAAUGAUUUAAUGAAAUUUUUUUGUGAUGCUUGAAAUAUAUUAUACAGAACAGCA